GAGUUCAGACGAAGUUGCAGCAGCUCGGAGGAAACAGCUCGGCACGAACUCCGCACGCCCUCAGACCCUCUCUCCCUCACAUUUAACCCCCAGCCCAGGCUAAAAGUGUUGCAAAAAGGCCAGAAGUAGGAACUCAGCAUGCCGGCGACGGAGAAGGACCUGGCCGAGGACGCGCCGUGGAAGAAGAUCCAGCAGAACACGUUCACCCGCUGGAUCAACGAGCACCUGAAGUGCGUGAACAAGCGCAUCGGGGACCUGCAGUGCGACCUGGGCGACGGGCUGCGGCUCAUCGCCCUGCUGGAGGUCCUCAGCCACAAGAAGAUGUACAGAAAGUACAACCCCAGGCCCAACUUCAGGCAGAUGAAGCUGGAAAACGUGUCGGUGGCGCUGGAGUUUCUGGAGAGGGAGAACAUUAAACUGGUCUCCAUCGACUCCAAAGCCAUCGUGGAUGGGAACCUGAAGCUGAUCCUGGGUCUGGUCUGGACCCUGAUCCUGCACUACUCCAUUUCCAUGCCCAUGUGGGAGGGCGAGGAUGAAGCGUCAGAGACGAAGACGCCCAAGCAGCGGCUGCUGGGCUGGAUUCAGCACAAAGUCCCCGACCUGCCCAUCACCAACUUCAGCCAGGACUGGAGGAACGGGAGGGUUCUGGGAGCGCUGGUGGACAGCUGUGCCCCGGGUUUGUGUCCGGACUGGGAGACCUGGGAUCCAGUAAAACCGGUUGAGAAUGCUACUGAAGCCAUGCAGCUGGCUGACGACUGGCUCGGGAUCCCGCAGGUGAUCGCCCCGGAGGAGAUCAUCGACCCCAGCGUGGACGAGCAGUCCGUGAUGACCUACCUGUCCCAGUUCCCCAAAGCCAAACUGAAGCCCGGAGCGCCGCUCAAACCCAAACUCAACCCCAAGAAAGCCCGUGCAUAUGGACCCGGGAUCGAGCCCACGGGGAACCGGGUGCUGCGUCCCGCCGUGUUCACCGUGGACACUUUCAGCGCCGGUCAGGGCCAGGUCACCGUCUACCUGGACCACCCAGACGGCACCAGAGAGGAGCUGAAGGCGGAGCUGAAUGAGGCCAAGAAGACGUACGGCGUCACCUACAUCCCUCAAGUCAUGGGAAAUCACAAGGUGACAGUUUUGUUUGCAGGUCAGCAGAUCCCCAAAAGUCCGUUUGAGGUGGAUGUGGACAAAGCUCUGGGCGACGCCUCCAAAGUGACGGUGAAGGGUCCGGGCGUGGAGCCCGUGGGCAACAUCGCCAACAAGCCCACCUACUUCGACAUCUACACAGCCGGCGCCGGCACCGGAGAUGUGACGGCGAUGAUCCGAGACCCUCAGGGCCGCCAGAACAGCGUGGAGGUGAUGAUGGAGGAUAAGGGCGACAGCAUGUACCGCUGCACCUACAGGCCCACGCAGGCCGGGCCGCACACGGUCACGGUGACCUUUGGAGGCGUGGGAGUUCCCAGAAGCCCCUUCAGCGUCGACAUCGGACCCGCGUGCGCGCCGGGCGCCUGCAGGGCGACGGGUCGGGGGCUGCAGCCGUCGGGCCUGAGGGUGAGCCAGGUCGGGGACUUCAAGGUGGACACCAGGAACGCAGGAAGUGGAGAGCUGAAGGUCAUCGUCAAAGGACCCAAGGGUGUUGAGGAGCCGGCGAAGCUGCUCUCCAGUCAGGACGGCGUCUUCUCCUACGAGUACCACCCCCACAGCCCCGGCAAAUACACGGUCACCAUCACCUGGGGGGGGCAGCACAUCCCAAAGAGUCCGUUCGAGGUGGCGGUCGGCGCCAAGGCGGGACCUCAGCAGAUCAGGGCGUGGGGACCUGGCUUGGAGGGAGGCAUUGUGGGUAAAGCUGCAGCCUUCGUGGUGGAGUCGGUCGAUGCUGACGCGGGAGUCCUGGGCUUCGCCAUCGAGGGCCCGUCCCAGGCCAAGAUCGAGUGCGAGGACCGAAACGACGGGUCGUGCGACGUCCGCUACUGGCCCACGGAGCCCGGCGAGUACGCCAUCCGCGUGACCUGCGACGAAGAAGACAUCGAGUUCAGCCCCUUCAUGGCCCAGAUCGUUGCCGACGACAACAGCAGCCACCCCGAGAAGGUCAGCGCGUCCGGGCCGGGCCUGGAGAAGAGCGGCUGCCUGGUCAACCAACCCGCCGAGUUCACCGUCAGCGCCGAGGCUGCUGGGAAAGGACCCCUGAAAGUCUCCGUGCAGGAUGCACAAGGACUUCCUGUGGAAGCGAAGGUGAGGAGCAAAGGCGACGGGCUGUACCAGUGCAGCUACCAACCCACCUCCCCCCUCAAGCACACGGUGAUCGUCUCCUGGGGGGGGGUCGGCAUCCCCGACAGCCCCUACAGGGUGAAUGUGGGUAAAGGCAGCCACCCCAACAUGGUGAAGGUGUUCGGUCCCGGGGUGGAGAGAACCGGACUCAAGGCCAAUGAGCCCACGCACUUCACCGUGGAUUGUACCGGAGCGGGCGACGGCGACGUGAGCGUGGGCAUAAAGUGUGACGCCAACAUGAUCAGCGACACCGAGGCCGACGUCGACUUCGACAUCAUCCCCAACGCCAACGACACGUUCACCGUCAAGUACGUCCCGCCGGCCGCCGGCAGGCUCAUUGUCAAAGUCCUGUUCACCAACAAGGAAGUGCCGCAGAGCCCCUUCACAGUAAAGGUCAGCCCGUCCCACGACGCGGGGAAGGUGAAGGCGGAGGGUCCGGGCCUGGCCCGCUCCGGCGUGGAGAGCGGCACGCCGACCCACUUCACGGUUCUGACCAAAGGAGCCGGCAAAGCCCUGCUGGACGUCACCUUCUCGGCCGCCGUCAGGGACUUCGACAUCAUCGACAACUACGACUAUUCUCAGACCGUCAAGUACACGCCGGCACAGGAGGGCGAGAUGACCAUCGUGGUGACGUUCGGAGGAGAUCCCAUCUCCAAGAGCCCCUUCACGGUUGGAGUUGCUGCCCCGCUGGACAUCAGCAAGGUUGCCGUGGACAACCUGGACGGAAGAGUGGAGGUCGACCAAGAGCAGCAGUUCAUGGUGGACACCAAGGGAGCAGGAGGUCAAGGUCGCCUGGAGGUGGCGGUGCUGAGUCCCGGCCAGCAGGCGAUCCCCUGCAAGGUGGAGCCUCAGCCCGGCAAAGCAGACGUCCACUCGGUCCGAUACACCCCGACGGAGGAGGGCGUGCACGCCGUGAGCGUUUCCUACGACGGACACCCGGUACCGGGGAGCCCCUUCCCCGUGGAGGCCAGUCUGCCUCCGGACCCCAGCAAGGUGAAGGCGUUCGGCCCCGGCCUGAAGGGCGGUUUGGUGGGGAACCCGGCGGAGUUCACCAUCGACACGAAAGGCGCCGGCACCGGCGGUCUGGGCCUGACGGUGGAGGGGCCGACGGAGGCCAAGAUCGAGUGCUCGGACAACGGCGACGGCACCUGCUCGGUGUCGUACCUGCCCAGCGAGCCCGGCGACUACCUGGUCAACAUCCUCUUUGAGAACGUCCACAUCCCCGGGUCACCUUUCAGAGCCGACGUCCAGAUGCCCUUCGACCCCUCCAAGGUGGUGGCCUCCGGGCCGGGCCUGAAGAGGGCCAAGGUUGGAGAGACCAGUGUUGUGGACGUGGACUGCUCUCAGGCCGGACCGGGCCAGUUGACCCUGGAGGUUUCCCCAGACUCGGGCUCAAGCGGUCCUGGAUCUCCCAAGGGUUCAGGUCUGAAAGCGAAGACCGAGGUGGUGGAGAACGAAGACGGGUCGUACACGGUGACGUACGUCGCCCCGACGGCCGGCAUGUACACGCUGCUGCUGAAGUACGGCGGCCAGGUCGUCCCCGGUUUCCCUGCUAAGGUGACGGUGGACCCGGCUGUGGACACGUCCAAGGUCAAGGUGUUUGGACCGGGAGUGGAGGGACGAGCUGUUUUCAGAGAAGCCACCACGGAGUUCACGGUGGACGCCCGUCCCCUGGCCGAGCGCGGCGGGGACCACGUGAAGGCGGAGGUCAGGAACCCGUCGGGGGGCCUGACGGAGUGCGUGGUGAACGACUUGGCCGACGGGACCUACAGCGUGGAGUACACUCCCUUUGAGAACGGCGUCCACACCGUGGAGGUUCAGUACGACGGCUCCCCGGUCCCCAAGAGCCCGUUCCGGGUGUCCGUGUGCGAGGGCUGCGACCCCAGCAGGGUGGUAGCCACCGGGCCCGGACUCCAGCAGGGCCUGACGGACCAGCCCAACAACUUCAGCAUCAUCACCAGGGGCGCUGGCAUCGGCGGGCUCGGCAUCACCGUGGAGGGCCCGUCCGAGUCCAAGAUGUCCUGCAAGGACAACAAGGACGGCAGCUGCAGCGUGGAGUACGUCCCGUUCACGCCGGGCCUGUACGACGUCAACAUCACCUACGGGGGCGAGCACAUCCGAGGAAGUCCAUUCAAGGUCCCGGUGAAGGACGUGGUGGACUCCAGCCGGGUCCGGGUCUCCGGUCCCGGCGUGGGGUCGGGCGUCAGGGCAAAUAUCCCACAAUCCUUCACCGUGGACUGCAGGAAGGCGGGCGAGGCGCCGCUGGCGGUGAGCGUGGCCGGUCCAAAGGGUGUCGCCGAGCCGGUGGAGGUGACGGACAACGGAGACGGGACCCACACGGCGUCCUACACGCCGUCCGUGACGGGGCAGUACUCGGUGACGGUGCAGUACGCGCUGGAGGAGGUUCCCCGCAGCCCCUUCAAGUUCCGGGUUCUGCCGACUCACGACGCCAGCAAGGUCCGGGCCAGCGGCCCCGGCCUGACGAGCGGCGUCGCCGCCAGCUUCCCCGUGGAGUUCAGCAUCGACGCCCAGGACGCCGGCCAGGGCCAGCUCAGCGUGCUCAUCACGGACCAGGACAGUAACCCAAAGCAGGCCAGUAUCCAUGACAACGGCGACGGCACGUACCGGGUGUCCUACAUCCCCGACCGCACCGGCCGCUACACCAUCGUCAUCAAGUACGGCGGCGACGACAUCCCCGCGUCGCCCUACCGGGUCCGCGCCACAGCGAGCGGAGACGCCAGCAAGUGCACCGUCAGCGGUCCGGGGGUCGGGCCCACGGUGGCCAUCGGCGAGGAGAUGGGGCUGGUGGUCGACGCCAAGGGCGCCGGCAAGGGCAAGGUGAGCUGCGUGGUGGUGCAGCCCGACGGCAGCGAGGUGUUGGCCGAAGUCAUGGAGAACCAGGACGGAACCUUCGACAUCUUCUACACCGCCCCGGCACCCGGAAACUACGUCAUCUACGUCCGCUUCGGAGGAGAGAACGUCCCACACAGCCCCUUCAGAGUCAUGGCGACCGAUGAGGUUCCCAUCAUGCAUCAGCAGACGUCCCUGCAGAAUCACGCCGCUCCCCCUGGAGUCGGCUUCCAGCCAUGGGUGACGGAGGACUACGCGUCGGUCGGCAGCAGCGUCAACGGCAGCGGCUUCAGACCGUUCGACAUGGUGAUCCCCUUCUCCUUCAGGAAGGGGGAGAUUACCGGUGAGGUUCUGAUGCCGUCGGGGAAAUCGGCUCAGCCGCUGAUCGCAGACAACCUGGACGGGACGGUCACGGUGCAGUACUCCCCCACGGAGGCCGGUCUGCACGAGAUGCACAUCAAGUACAACGGCACCCACAUCCCAGAGUCUCCUCUCCAGUUCUACGUGAACCACGUCAGCAACCCCAACGUCACGGCCUACGGUCCCGGCCUGAGCUACGGCGUCGCCAACAAGCCGGCCACGUUCACCGUCUACACGGAGGACGCCUCUGAAGGAGGUCUGGACUUGGCCAUCGAGGGUCCGUCCAAGGCCGACAUCAACUGCGUGGACAACAAGGACGGGACGUGCAGCGUCAGCUACAUGCCCACGCUGCCGGGAGACUACAACAUCCUGGUGAAGUACAACGAGGAGCACAUCGCUGGCAGCCCCUUCACGGCCAGGAUCAUCGAGGACAAGCAGCGCCGCUCCCAGGUCAAACUGGGCUCGGCGGCGGACUUCUCUCUGGACAUCACGGAGACGGACCUGAGCCUGCUGACGGCCAGCAUCAGGGCGCCGUCGGGCCGCGACGAGCCCUGCCUGCUGAAGAGGAUGCCCAACAACCACAUCGGCAUCUCCUUCAUCCCUCGGGAGGUCGGGGAACACCAGGUCAGCAUCCUGAAGAACGGCCGGCACGUGGCCAACAGUCCCAUCACCAUCAUGGUGGUCCAGUCCGAGAUCGCCGACGCCAGCCGGGUCCGAGCGGAGGGCGAGGGGCUGGUGCAGGGCACCACCUUCAACACCGCCAGCUUCGUGGUCGACACCAGGGAAGCCGGGUUCGGCGGCCUGGCGCUCUCCAUCGAGGGUCCCAGCAAGGUGGACAUCCAGACGGAGGACGUGGACGACGGGACGUGCCGUGUCUCCUACUGCCCAACCGAGCCGGGGAACUACAUCGUCUCCAUCCGCUUCGCUGACCAGCACGUGCCAGGAAGCCCGUUCACGGUGCGGGUGACAGGCGAGGGUCGCAUACGGGAGAGCAUCACCCGACGGCAGAAGGCGGCGUCCGUCACCAGCGUCGGCAGCGUGUGUGACCUCAACCUGAAGAUACCAGCCAUCGAUGCGCAGGACGUCACUGCCACGGUCACCUCCCCGUCCGGAGCCAGCCAGCCCGCCGAGCUGGUCGCCGUCGGCGACAGCACCUACUGCGUGCGCUUCGUGCCGACGGAGAUGGGCGUGCACAGCGUGAGCGUGACGUACCGCGGCGUGCACGUGCCCGGCAGCCCCUUCCAGUUCACCGUGGGCCCGCUGGGGGAGGGCGGCGCCGCCAAGGUCCGGGCCGGAGGUCCGGGCCUGGAGGGAGCGCUGGUCGGAGAGCCAGCGGAGUUCAGCAUCUGGACGAGGGAGGCGGGCGCCGGCGGCCUCUCCAUCGCCGUGGAGGGUCCCAGCCGGGCGGAGCUGUCCUUUGACGACCGCAAGGACGGAUCGUGCGGCGUGUCGUACGUGGCCCAGGAGCCCGGCGACUACGAGGUCUCGGUGAAGUUCAACGAGCAGCACGUCCCCGACAGCCCCUACCUGGUCCCCGUGGUGGCUCCCGUCAACGACGCACGCCGCCUCACUGUUGCCGGCCUUCAGGAGUCCGGCCUCAAGGUGAAUCACCCAGCGUCCUUCGCAGUGAAUCUGAACGGAGCGCAGGGUAAGAUGGAGGCCAAGGUGCACAGUCCGUCCGGCGCCCUGGACGAGUGCGUCGUCACGGAGCUGGAGCGAGGGAAACACGCCAUCCGCUUCAUCCCGCGGGAGAACGGCGUCCAUACCGUCGACGUGAAGUUCAACGGCUCCCACAUCCCUGGCAGUCCUUUCCAGGUCCGAGUGGGAGAACCAGGUCAGACCGGAGAGCCCGGUCUGGUCUCGGCGUACGGCGCCGGGCUGGAGAGAGGCACCACAGGUUCCCAGUCCGACUUCACCAUCAACAACACCAAAGCCGGGCCGGGGGCGCUGGCCGUGACCAUCGAGGGCCCGUCCAAGGUGAAGAUGGACUGCCAGGAGGCGCUGGAGGGCUACAGGGUCCAGUACACGCCCAUGGCCCCCGGGAACUACCUGAUCAGCAUCAAAUACGGAGGUCCCCACCACAUCACCGGCAGCCCCUUCAAGGCCCGGGUCACAGGUGCUCGGCUGGUGAACGUGACGAACGCCAGCGAGACGUCGACCCUGACGCUGGAUUCAGCGGUCCGGGCCACGGCCGGCCUCUCUCAGCGGGCCACGCCCAGACCCGGCGGCUCCGACGCCAGCAAGGUUCUGACCCGGGGCAGCGGCCUCGGCAAGGCCUUCGUGGGUCAGAGGAGCAGCUUCUCCGUGGACUGCAGCAAAGCCGGUAAGAACAUGCUCCUGGUCGGCGUGCACGGGCCUCACGUGCCCUGCGACGAGGUGCUGGUGAAGCACGUGGGCGGCCUGCAGUACAACGUCAGCUACGUGCUGAAGGAGCGAGGAAACUACGUCCUGGUGGUCAAGUGGGGGGACGACCACAUCCCGGGGUCGCCGUUCAGCGUCGCCGUCCCAUGAUGCACCGGGAACGGGCCGUCAACCCCUCCGGACGAGCUGCUGCUGAACGAAGCUUCCUCGGAUCUUCUGCAGGACGACACAUUUGUGAAUCACUUUUCCAACCAAUCGUAUUCUAAAAGCAACAGAUUUGAUCAAAAUGUGGAGAAUUUGUUGGUUUUUUUGCCCUGAAAAGUUCCUGCACUCGUUUCUUUCUCGUCUCCGAAACGUUGGACUGGAUUUUUGAAAAGAUUCAAAAAUAUUUGUGUGGGUUUAAAAACAUAACUAGCACUUUUUUCCUCCGGUUGCCGUGAGCGACCAGGUUGUUUUUCCCAACUAAAGUGUCAGAGGGGAUGAAAGUCUGAGUUCAAACGACAAAACUGGAUCCUCGUCCGAGGAGUCAAACUUUGUGCAACUACUGAUUGUUUGUUUAUUGAUUUAUUAUUUUUGUCGCUUUUUGAACUUUAAACCCUCAUAAUUGAGUCUUUUUGUCGUAAACCUUGAUGUUGUUGCCUUGUCACUACUACUUUUUGAUACUUUUAGGAUGAGAGGAUUUUUGUACCGGGAGGGUGGGGCCAGUCUCACUUUAUAUUAAGGUGUUUUAAUGUGAACGAUAAACGCUGGUCUGAUGUUCUGUACAUUUGGUGAUUAAAAUAAACUGGAAGAUAGAAGCUUGA